AUGCUGUCCACCUUCCAGAAAGCGAGGGAACAAGAACAAAGUUCGCCUUUUAAGAAACUAAACGUUUUGCUUUUGUCAUCUGAAUGGUGGUCCAGGAAGGGAGGAAUAUCAACCUUGAACAGAGUACUUGCCAUUCAGUUGGCUAAACAUCCUUUGGUUGAUGUGACAGUCUUCCUUCCUGAAUGCAGCGAAGAAGAAAAGAAAGAAGCUUUCAAACAUAACAUUAAUGUUGUUAAAGCCGAAAAGCAGCCUGGGAUGGAAAAAAAAGUUUGGCUUUGCGUUCCACCCAAUGAUCUCCCGAUUGACGUAGUUAUUGGUCACGGAGAAAAACUCGGGCCACCAGCCAAAAUGAUCAGAGACAGACGCCGAUGCAGAUGGGUUCAAAUUGUUCAUACCAUUCCAAAAGAACUAGGCAUGUUCAAAACUUAUGGGAAUCCCAUUAUUAAGAGUGAGAUGAAGCAUAAAGUUGAAGUUGAACUUGGCGAAAUGGCUGAUUUAGUCGUUGGAGUUGGGCCAAAGUUGAGCGAAGCUUUCCGUUGUUAUCUUCGCUGGUGUAAAAAGGAUCCUGAUGAUGUUAUCAAUCUAACUCCUGGGAUUUUCAACGAAUACUCGAACAUACAACAUGCACCCCAAGAUGAGAAAAAGUAUCGAGUUUUGGUAUUUGGCCGUGACGAUGAGGAAGAUUUCGCACUGAAGGGAUUUGAUAUCACAGCUAAAGCUGUAGCUUCGUUACCUAACACAAAACUUAUCUUCGCUGGUGCAUGCAAUGAAAACUUCCAGAAGGUUGCUAACAGGUUUUUGGAGUGCGGUAUUUCUCCACAAAAUCUGGAGGUGAGAGGUUUUCUUAAGAGUACACAGGAGUUCAUCCAGUUAUUUUGUGAAGUGGAUCUCGCCCUCCUGCCGUCACGAUCUGACGGCUUUGGACUCACAGCUCUCGAAGCUUUAUCUGCUGGCCUGCCUGUACUUGUGAGUCGUAACACAGGAUUUGGAGAAGCACUCAGCAAGAUCCCAUUCGGUUCAUUUUAUGUAAUCGACUCCGAGGAUCCCAGUGUGUGGGCCAGCGCCAUAGAGCAAGUCUGGAAGAAAGACAGGGCAACACGACUUCAAGAAACUGAAAAUCUGCGUACUUUUUAUGGGCAAGAGUACAAAUGGGAGGGACAAUGUAACGACUUGGUUAAAAAAUUCCGCACCAUUUUCUCAGAUAAGCAGGAACAAGAAACGACUGGCGCAGAUGUGUAUUCAAACCAAAGGGGAAUCUGCCACGGUCCCAUGCAAGAGAGAAUGGAAAGUGAACCUAGCACCUUUUGGCAAAGAAACAUUGAUCAAGCAGCCUUAUGCCACACAACAAAACAGCAAAUGGAAGACGAAGCAGAUUCUCAGAAGCAAGUGCGGGAAGAGGAAUUCGCGAGAGCUAAAAAGCUAGAUUUAACUGAUCAGGCCGGACUGCGAGAAAGAUCUAGAGAUGGACAGCCCCCACCAUAUGUGACUCACGAACACAACCUUCACGUCCAGGAGCUAAUUACCAGGGAAGAACAUUCACUUCAGUUAGAAGAAUCUGUUCUGGAACGUAGAUUGGAGGAUGGACCGAAGUUUGAACAAGCUAAAGAAAAAGGAAACAUCAAGAGAAACGUGAACCUUAAAAGAAUGCAAUCAGCUGAUUCUGCAGGACAACAGACACUGACGACAGAGCUGGAGUCUCUCCCAGGUGACUCAAAACAUCAGUUUAAAAACUCAAGUGUCAUGGUUGAUGAAGAAUGUUUUCUUAACAAACUGGAAGGAAGAUCAGAGAGACUGGAAAAUGAAUUUCCCAAGAUGCUUCAAAAAAACGAAUUGAAGAAAAGUUUAGAAGAGGAGCAACAGCCGGGAGCAAGAGUGGAAGAGGAAUUAAGCCGAACAAAAACUCUCUGUACCGAGAUGGAAGAAACAAUUGAUGAGUUUGGGCAAGUGCGUCUCACCUUUCAACAAAUUGAAACCGAAAGAUACGUCUCUGUGUCAAGAGAAAGGAACUUUCAAGUAGACUACUGGAUAAUUCAGCGAGAGGAAAUUGUCCUGAGUGAGGAGAUUUUAGGUACAGGAGGCUGGGGCACUGUUCGAAUAGGAACGUUUCGCGGUUGCCAGGUUGCCGUUAAGCAAUUACACGAAAUGAUUUUAUCGGAUCACAAUCGUGCUUUGUUUGCACGAGAAAUGAGGAUUCUAUCUACCUGUCACCAUCCGAACCUUUUGCAGUUUAUUGGCGCUACAUUUGACGAUGACACUCCUUUAUUUGUCUCUGAAUUACUCGAUACUUCGUUAAGAGGGGUUUUAGAGAAACGACCAGUACUUCUAAAAGAUACAGCCACCAUUGCUUUGGAUGUUGCUAAAGGCUUAAACUACCUUCAUCUUGAGAAGCCUUUUCCCAUCUUACAUCGAGAUGUCAGCAGCGUCAACGUCUUGCUCUGGAGGAGAGAUGAAAGCUGGAGAGCUAAGCUGGGUGGUUUUGGAACGGCAACUUUAAUGCGCAGUCGUACGACAGAGGCACGGGGAUCAAUGAUUUAUUCAGCACCAGAGACUUUCUCUAACCAAUGGACAACAAAGGUUGACGUGUACAGUUUUGGUGUCCUGCUGUUGGAGAUGUGCGUUCAUGAACUUCCAUUUGUCGAAAAGCGCCAUGACCAGAUUCUUAAGGUAUCAAGCAAUGCAAUUCGAAGACUUAUUCAGCGGUGUGUUUCACACAACCCCGACGAACGCCCGUCGAUGAAGGAUGUCAUACUAUGUCUGAGCAGGAUUAACCAGAGGAGUAUGGUAAAGUCUGAAGAACAACAGCCGAAGGAAAAAAUGAAUGAUUUACAAGUCAAACUUAAAAACACUUCUAUUGAAUUGGAAAAAACACAGGUUUUACAAAGCAAACAUGAUGCACUUCUUAAAAGAGUUGAUGAUCUGAGCAAUGAAUGUGAGGAGCUGCGGGACAGAGUGCUAGAGGCAGAAGGAGAGAAAGAUAAAUUGCAGGGAAUUAUUAAAGAUUUGCAAACUGAAAAGACAAAGCUCUUUGAACAACUUGAUUCCAAGCAGAACCUUCUGGAAGAACUUAGACCUGAAAAGGAAACACUUCGGCGAGAAGUGAAACAAUUUGAGGCAAAGACGAACGACUUUGAACAGCAGCUUAGAGAAAGUGAAGGAAAACUUCAACCCGUGGUAAAAUUUCCUUCCAUUGAUGCCAAACAGCAGAAAUCUUCCUCGUCAGAAGAAAGCACAAGAACCUGUUCCCUUGUGAAAACAACACAACCUGGAUUAAUGGAAGAACAGAGACAUUUACUUAAAAGGUCUCCUGCGCGGAGUUUUUAUGACGAAAACCCAAAUGUUUCCCACAAGCGCCCUGCCUCUGCCAUAAGAGAAGAACAGCGGUCUUACGCAGACCACUACAUGUCAAACCAAAUACAGCCCCGCCCACCUGAGAAACCAAGAGCCCAGCCCGUUAAGAUAAGUACAAGGGCAAGAACCUUAAGAUUUGCCGAGACUAAACAAAGUGCUACAUUGAGUGCGAAACUUAAUGCUAGUGGGAAACAUGCAACAGGCAUUUUGGGAAGACCAACGGAAGGACACACACAGAGACACGAAUGGGAACAUUCUCCUGCUCCUACCCUGGACGUAACAGCCCGUGAGGGGAGGGUUGGGCGUGAAAUUGGACGCACGAGCCCUACCUCAACACGGUACACGCCUAUGAACGUGUUUGUUUGUACGAGUUGUGACAAGAUGUACCACACACAGAAAGAGUUGGAUAUCCAUAAAUAUUAG